CCAUGACCAAGUUCGGGUUCUGCCAGAGGGAGAAGCAGUCCCUACAGGAGAUGGUGUUUGACCUUACCGGGAACUAUGCAGGGCUACAGGUGGAACACUCGGCAAUGCAGUUGCUGCUUCAAGACGAGCAAGAGAAAUGUGCACAGCUUGCAGACUCUCUUCGUCAGAGCCAGGAAAGGGAGGCAGAGAAGGGCCAGGAGCUGCAGGACGCCGAUAUGAUACGUCGUGACCUGCAUAACACGCUGCAGGAAUCGAAGGGAAACAUACGUGUCUUCUGCCGGGUGCGGCCGAUGCUUACGUCGGAAGAGAGGGAGGGCGAGCGCCCGAGUCACAUAUCGUUCCCAGACGAGAAGACUGUGGAGCUGGUCAAGCCCGACACGGAAAUGGUGAUGGCAUUCCCCUUCGACCGGGUCUUCCCGGGUUCCGCGACACAAGCGGAGGUCUACGAAGAGGUGGCGCACGUCGUACAGUCUGCGCUGGACGGCUACAACGUGUGCAUCUUCGCCUACGGCCAGACCGGAUCCGGGAAGACCUUCACGAUGGAGGGUCCGCCAGAGCUGGAUUUGGGCUCUCCGAACGACUCGCAGCUGGGGCUGAUCCCCAGGGCCCUCCAGCAGGUCUUUAUGUCUGCGCAGAAGCUCCAGAGGACCCAGCACUGGGAGUUUACGAUGGUGGCGUCGUACCUGGAGAUAUACAACGAGAAUGUGCGGGAUCUCCUGUCGACGCACCCCCGGAGCAACCAGGCCAGCUGCCAGAUAAAGCACAAGGACGGCUCCACGAUGGUGACCAACGCCACCAGAACGACAGUUACUUCUACAGAGCAGAUCCACGAGCUGCUCCGGCGGGCUCGGAAGCAUCGGGCUGUCGGUUCCACCCAGUGCAACGAGCACUCCUCCCGCUCUCACUCGGUCUUCCAGCUCCGCAUCACGGGGACCAACAGCCGGACCGGUGUGGGUAGCCGAGGCCUGCUAAACCUGGUGGACCUGUGUGGCAGCGAGCGACUGGACGAGUCCAAGGCGGAGGGUGCCAGGCUCCGGGAGACUCAGCACAUCAACCGCUCCCUCUCGAACCUGGGCAACGUGAUCCUGGCACUCUCCCAGAAGGCGAAGCACGUGCCAUACCGCAACUCCAAGCUGACCUUCCUCUUGAUGGACAGCCUGGGAGGGAACAGCAAGACCCUGAUGCUGCUAAACGUCUCUCCGUGCGAGAAAAACGUGGGAAAGACAAUUAACUCGCUGCGCUUCGCCACAAUGGUGACCCAGUGCAACAUUGGAACUGCACAUCGGACAGUGCAGGUGCCAUCUCAAUAAUAACCUCCCGCCCUUUAACCUUUUAUAAUUUUCUAAACCGGGCAAUGCCCUAAGAAUCGUCUUUAAUUUAGCACUUUGACAGGGGUCUGAUGACAACGGUUGCCUUUUUGCCCCCCCCCCCCCCUCCCUU